AAACAGCUGUCAAUAAGUCCACAUCAGAUUUGAAAAGCAUUGUAUAGGAUUCCGAUAAGCAAGCAAUAGAGGUUAUGUAUGGAAACGCUGUGCAAUCAGUUGAUCGCGCUUCCUUAGAGCCUAUUGAACUGAUGUUUAUCUGAAAUUGCAGUGUUUUCCCCCCACAUAGAGUCGAGGUUAUGCAUGCUUUAAUAGUGACUACUUUUGGGGAUAAAAGUUGAGUCCACGUGAUGGAGAUAUUUGCAAAAAAAGAUGUCCCUUAAACUCGCCGGAUUGAUGGAAAAAAAAUGAAAACGAACACUCAUUGCUUCAGAGUGCCUGUCAACUUUACGAUUUAGCAACAACUACCACGUCCAGAACAGCACAGUCAUCCGCAGACCUAAAAAAAAGAAAAAAGAAAAAAGUAGACUAGUCGGUUUUACGCCCGUGAAACCCGACGGCAGCUCGCAGGCAGGAGAUUACAAGAAUGAUUUCAUUUAUAACUCCGUUAUUCUGUGAUCAUAUGUUCAAAUAUGGACAUAAAGUUGUUGGAAAAUAAGAAGGAUGCUGUCUGUUCCAGGACACGCCCUGUCGCUGGAAAGUGCUCUCUCCAUCGCGCAGUCUAGUCUAGUCUACCAAAUCGCAGGCUGUAUAUGUUUCCCUGCGUUUAAUCCCAUUAAAUGACAGCCGGGAAAAACUUAGGGUACAGAUAAUAUCAGGCUGUCAACCGGUCUUUUUCCCUCCGCCAAAGCUGCACCGGGGCAUCUCCUCCUGCUAAUACCGGCAAAGAAAGAAAAGAGAGGCUCUACCUACCGGGCAUGUCUGCUAGAGUGGCUCAUGCGCAGGACACACACCACCACUCCACAGAGAAGCCCUUGAUUCAGUGCUACAAGUGUGGGGAGCCAUGUAAGGGCGAGGUGCUGCGGGUGCAGAACAAGCACUUCCACCUCAAGUGCUUCACCUGUAAAGUGUGUGGCUGUGACCUCGCCCAGGGGGGCUUCUUCAUGAAGAAUGGAGAAUAUCUGUGCACACUGGACUACCAACGCAUGCACGGCACCCGCUGCAAUGGCUGUGGGGACUUUGUGGAGGGGGAAGUGGUCACUGCCCUGGGCAAGACCUACCACCCUGCCUGCUUCGUCUGCACCAUCUGCAAACGACCGUUCCCUGCCGGGGACAGGGUGACCUUUAACGGCAAAGACUGUCUAUGUCAGUACUGUGUCGAGCCCAUGUCUCCAGGACCAAAGGACAUCCUGGGCUCCAGCAACUGUGCAGGAUGUGGUCGAGACAUUAAGAACGGACAGGCUCUUCUAGCACUGGACAGACAGUGGCAUCUGGGCUGCUUUAAGUGUAAGGCCUGCAGCAAAGUGCUGACCGGGGAGUACAUCAGCAAGGAUGGCGCCCCCUACUGUGAGAAGGACUACCAGAUCCAUUUUGGAGUUCAGUGUGAAGCGUGUCAUCAGUUCAUCACGGGGAAGGUGCUAGAGGCAGGAGAUAAGCACUACCACCCCAGCUGUGCGCGAUGCAGCAGGUGCAAUCAGAUGUUCACAGAAGGCGAAGAGAUGUAUCUGCAAGGAUCAACAGUCUGGCAUCCUGGCUGCAAGAACACCACUAGAACAGAGGAGAGACACAGGGAGCGGCCUACGAGGUCGUCAUCCGAGAGUAUUUGUUCCAGACCUGGUUCAAGCAUACCUGGCUCACCGGGUCACACGAUCUAUGCAAAAGUAGACAAUGAGAUCCUUGAUUACAGAGACCUAGCUGCCAUUCCAAAAGUCAAAGCCAUUUAUGACAUUGAGCGCCCUGAUCUUAUUACCUAUGAACCUUUGUACACCACCUCCCUGGAUGAGAGAGAGGAGAGACGAGAGAGUGUGGGAGAGCUCCAGACUGCCAGGAGGGAGCGUUCCCCUUUGCCCGAUGACAAGUCCUCAAGAAACAUGUCGCCAACCCCGCCCGGUGAGGGCUCAUAUGACAGGAGGGAACGCAUCCUCCAAAGGUCCACCAGUCAGGGCUCCAUAGGAUCACCAGUUUAUAAUCGCCAUGGUUACACCCCCACAUUGUCGCGGUCACCACAGCAUUUUCACAGGCCAGAGGCUCUGACAGGCAUGCAGAAGCUCUGCUCCUCCCUGUGCAGUAACAGUGUGGGCUCCAGAAAUAGUGACUCCCGCCCCACCUCCCCUUUCAGACACCACUUCCUCCCCCAUAGCCAAGGCACUGACCCGCCAAGUGGCCGGAGCUCCCCCCUCCCGCUCAGGCCCGACAGCCGGCCGGUCACCCCGCCUCUCUCUCUGACCCCUAAACAUUUCCACCUCCCAGAUCAGGGGAGCAACAUCUACAGAAAACCACCCAUCUACAAACAACACGAUACAGCUGCCAUAGCACGCCAAAGCAAGUCUGCUGAUGACAUCAUCAGAUCCGCCACCUUCCCCGCUGCCCAUGCUCCCUCUCCGGACGACAGCUCACGGAGUGAGGGCGACCGUUGGCCCUACUCUCUCGCUGUUUUAGGGUCAGAAGGGAGGAGACGAUCCAGAGAAGAUGAGGAGGAAGAGGCCUUGAAAAGAAAGCAGCUCCAGGAGGAACAUCUCAGCAAGAUUCAGUCUGGUUUGGGAAAGCUCAUCCUGAAGGAGGAGAUGGAAAAAGAGCAGAUCAGGGAGCGUCACGCACGUAGCCUCUCUGCUCAGCGCUACGACCCCAAACAGACCAACUGUGACGCAGAUCCAACUUCUCCAACCAAAACUAACUCUCUGCCUGGCUAUGGAAGGAAUGGGCUGCAUCGGCCCCAGUCUACAGAUUUCACCCAGUACAACAGCUAUGGUGACAUGUGUGGAGGAGGCAGAGAGUUUCAGCACAUUAAGGAUGGCCGUGCAGCACUUGCAAGGAUGGACAGGGGAGUAUCUAUGCCUAAUAUGUUGGAACCAAAAGUGUAUCCCUAUGAAAUGCUCAUGAUAACCAGUAGAGGGAGAGCUAAACUGCCCAGGGAUGUGGACAGAACCAGACUGGAGCGCCACUUAGCACCUGAAACGUUCUUUGACAUCUUUGGAAUGGAGAUCCAGGAGUUUGACAGGCUUCCCCUGUGGAAACGCAACGACAUGAAAAAGAAGGCCAAGCUCUUCUAGCACUCAGAGCAGCAUGCACAUACUGUACAUUCAUCCAGAUAGCACACAACAACUGUAAUCUAGAUGUAGGUUUUGGUUUAUUUCCUUUUCUUCUGGGUUUUUGUUUUAUCCUGGCAUAAUCAAGGAAGCUGUGAAAUGGACUCUUUUUGCUCUGACGCUUCCUGAGACUGUGAGCUGAAUGAUUUGUCCAGUUAUACUUGCACAGGAAACAAGGAAUGGGAAUCUCUUCAAAAAUGACAAAGAAUGAGAAUGAAUGAUAAAUAGGGUCAUGUUAUUUGGUUUGACUGCGCUUGUUUUACUUCUUGCUUUGCUUUGAGUGGAACUGCUUUCCUUUCUUUCUUGCUUGUUUCUUCCUACUAUUUGUUGCUGUUGAUUCCUGUGGAACUUUGUAAGUACAGUAGAACCUCAUGGCGCCAUUACGAAAUGUCCAUGCUCGUAGGUUGAACAUGUGUCAGCUUUCCUUUGCUUGGGCUGAAACAGUUUUAGUCCAAAGUUUGCAAGAAUCGGCUCAGUGAGUCUUGGAAUUAAAAAAAAGCCACUGGCAAAGCAGUCAGCUGACCCAUCAACUGUUUUACCAGAUCUACAUGGAAAUGAAUCAUCCAAGCACCUACACAUCGUCCGUCUUCUUCCCCUGCCUACUGUACAUGCCAAACAUUCAUCUGACCCUGACAAAAAGAAAAUGUCUCUCUUCUCAGGCUCUCAUAAACAUGGCCAGACACUUUCCCUUUACAUGUAUUGGAAGUACAAAUCUUAAUAUAUUUUAAUGCCGUAUCCAACAUACAGUAACCAACAAAUAGAUAAAACACCUAAUGUAAGAAGCAACUGUAUUUGAAAGUACUGUUUUAUAAAUGAAAACCCACACUGCCAUUUGUUGUAUUGAAAUCUAAGCCAAUAAAGCUUUAAAUCACCAUGAACCAUAUGAUCCUCGGCUAUACCAAAGGUACCCACCGCCUCUUUUCUGUUCUCUGUUUUCUUCUUUGCAUUUCACCCAUAUACAUCCUGGUUCAGUGAUGUUACCCAGGGUGAGAGGUAGUCUGAGGACUGAUUGACUGUUAUGGGACCAAUCAGACGGUGGAGUCUUUUGACCUUCUUCAUAAACACAUCAGUUGGGGCCCCUGUGAGGAAACAUCUUUUUACUAGAUUUUAGCCUUCUACUCUGAUGAAGUACUUACAGUGCAUAUCUGCACCUUAAAGUUUUAUGAAGUAACAAAUAAUAAAUAAAUAUAAUAAAUCCUACAACACUACAUAUACUAGUGAACACCCUCCUAGGAAAGAUUUAGUCAUUAUUCUUGUACCAUUGAUAAAACUGAAACUGCAGAUUGUGCCUUCAAAGACCAUGGCCCAUAUAUAACACAUCAUGUCCUGCAUAUAUCCUGUAUAACUGACCAUUUUCCAAAGCAUGCCAUCAUUUGCCAAACUAAUAAGGUUUUACUUCAUUUCAAGCAGCUGUUUCUGUUAAUGCACUUUAUUGGAAACAUUUGACAAUCUUGAUUAAGAAAGAUAAUGUGGACAUUAAACAACAAUCUGUUUCGUUAUCUUUGUGUUGCAAACAAUGAUUAUUUGAACGCCUCCUCCAGAUUGAUACAUUCAAGUGCAGUUGGGAAGGCAAGACAUCUGAGACUUGGCAGCGGCAGCAACAUCUUUAAUGCAAGGAACUCCCAAAAUCCUUUCAUCCUGUUUAUAAUAUGUUUCUGUUGUUCAUCCUCUGGGUUUUUGUUUCCAACAACAUGGCAACUCCUAUAUCAGACACAGCCUCACACCUGAAUUACUGUAAAGCAUUGUCAAGACUUUUGAAGACAAUGCUUGACAUUGACUUAAUUAUUCCACAAUAAUGUAAGAAAAUAAAAAGGAAACACAUUUUCAAAUAAAUGGAUAACUCUUUAAUGUUUUACAUACAAUACUGAAAUUAACUGAACAGUGGCUCCCUGGAUGGUAGGAGAAACACAGUUAAAGAUCCACCAGACACGUUU